UGUUACAGUAUGUGACUCAUUAUCAAACCAGAUCUUUCUUCUGUAUCAACCUCCACAUAUUUGUUUAUCAGUUCUCAUCCAUCUUUAUCAUGUGACAUCACCACAGUGAUGGACAUUAAAGGGGUUCGAUGUGAACAUUAAGCCUCCGUUCAGCAGGGAGCUGCUCAUCAGGCACACACCUCCUCAUUGGCAUAAUCAUGGUAACUCUGCCAGCUCUGCUGCUCCUCAUCUUCUCAGCUUCUACUUCUCCAGUCCACAGUCACCUCAGUUCAUUUCAUUUGAUUCCGGGUCACAUGAAUCAGACUGAGGCUCGAAAAGCUUGCAGAGAAAAUUACACCGACCUUGUUACUGUGUACUCUGAUGAACACAACACUGAACUUGCUAACCUGGUGAUAAAGGCUGGUCUGGGUUCUGGCUGGAUCGGACUCUCUCACAGUAAUUUAAGUGAGAAAUGGUCUAAUGGUGAUCCUAUAACAUUCAGAAAUCUGACAGGGGAUUGUGGGACAUCGAGCUACUGUGCUACUAUGAAGGCCGAUGGUACAUGGGAAAGUGCACAGUGCACAGUGACAAGAAAUUUCAUGUGCUAUGAACCAGAUGCUACCUCUCAGACUAAUAAUUAUCAUCUAAUCCUUGAGAAUAAGACCUGGUAUGAAGCUCAGCAUUACUGUAGACAGAGAUACACUGACCUGGUCAGCAUCAGAGAUCAGCAGCACAACGAAGAGGUGAAGAUUAAAGGGUUAAACAGUACCAAACCCUUCUGGAUCGGCCUGCUGUGUGAUGACUGGCAGUGGAUUGAUGGAGGAAUCUCUGCCUAUAGAAACUGGGUUUGGCAGAGCGGAGAACCUUAUCCAUCACCAUACAAUUGUGUAGUACUGAGUGGAGGGAGAUGGUACUCAUGGCUAUGCAAUAAUUCAUAUCCUGCUUUGUGCUACUACACUUCCAUCCAUGUGAGUGAAGAGGCUCUGAGCUGGGAGAAUGCGCUGGAUUACUGUGAUAAAAAGAACAGAGCUGGAUUGUUGCAGAUUGAGUCUGACCAUGACCAGACUGAUGUGGAGAAUGAGCUCAGAAGGAGGCGUGUCUCUGAGCCUGUGUGGGUGGGGCUUAGACAGAGCCAGCUCUUCGGGUUCUGGAUUUGGCCCGAUGGGAAAGCCGUGUUUCCGUACUCCAACUGGGAUGAAGGGAAACAGCCUGAGCAUCAACUCUCUCAGCACUGUGGUGCUGUCGUUCCACAAAAGAGCUACAGAUGGAAAGACAUGAACUGUGAUGCUCAGUACAAAGCUCUCUGUCACAUCAGAUGUUCUCCAUGAUCAUGUUCUCUAUAAACCACCAACCCACCCCAAACACACACACACAUGUGGGUGUGUGUGUUUUAGAAUUGUACAGUGACACACACUCUUACUGGGGUCAGGGUUGAGUACUUUACAGAGUAUCCCUUGUAGUUUAGGAAUUUAGGUCUCUCUCUCUCAUCUCUCUGCUCAUGAAGAUGUUUUAGAUGUUUAUGUUCAUGGCUUUGUUAUAGGGUCUUUAAUCCAGACUGAAUAUAGCGGGAUGAUUAAAAAGUAAUGAUAAUUCUAUCUUCUUGACUCAAUGUUUAAUGUGUUUAUUGCUGUUUCUAUGAUGUCGUUCAGCACAGACUGUAACUUUCUCUGUUUAUAAU